AUGUUUGAAGCACAUUUAAGCCGAGGUACAAUACUUAAAAAAUUAUCGGAAGCUAUUAAAGAACUUAUUACAGAUGCAAAUUUUGAUUGUAGCGAAGCUGGCAUUGCACUUCAAGCAAUGGACAACUCACAUAUAGCCUUGGUUUCACUUUUACUAAAUUCUGAUAUAUUUUCUACAUAUCGAUGUGAUCGAGGAUUUUCCUUGGGUGUAAAUUUAACUACUUUUAACAAGUUAUUGAAGUGUGCAGGAAAUGAUGACGCCAUUACAUUAAAAGCCAAUGAAGAUUUUCCUGAAACUUUAACUUUAUCAUUUGAUAACUCAACAAAUGAUAAAUUUUGUGAAUAUGUAUUGAAAUUAAUGAAUAUUAAUCAGGAACAUUUGAGUGUUCCAGAAACCGAGUAUGACGCUGAAGUAGUUUUAUCAUCAGCAGAAUUUCAAAGGAUUUGUCGCGAUAUGAUGGUUAUCGGUGAAACUGUGAGAAUUGAUAUUGACAAAGGAGAAAUCAAAUUCAUUACAGAAGGAGAUCUUGGCAAUGAAGAAAAUAUCGAAAUUAACGUUACAAAUGAAGUUUCACUUCAAUUUUCACUUAAAUAUUUAAUGAGCUUUACAAAAGGGUCACCAUUAUCUGAUCAAGUUAAAUUACACUUGGCUGAAAAUACUCCAUUGCUUGUAGAAUAUACUUUAAAUUCAAGUAAUAAUAGUUAUCUUAGAUAUUAUCUUGCACCAAAGCUCGAUUGA